AUGAGGGUUAACCAACAAAAAACCCCGGGAAUUGUCUCUCGCAGGGAUCCGUGCUCCUGGCGAGCCGUUCUGGGCGCGCACAACCUGCAGAAGCACGGCCCGCACACGGCCAGGAGGAGGAUCAGGAGGAUCAUCGUGCACUCGCAGUUCAAGAGGGAAACCUUCGAGAACGACGUGGCUCUGUUGGAGCUGAAGUCAGCGGUGCGCUCCAGCCUCUACAUCCAGCCCAUGUGCCUGCCCCCGGCCGCGCUGGUGCCGCCCCUGGAGAACAGCUCCGACUGCUACAUCAGCGGCUGGGGACGCACGGCCGAGAAGGGUAAAACCUCAUCUGUGCUAAAAGAAGCCCAAGUGGGAAUCCUCCCUCCCAGCCUGUGCAACAGCUCCGAGGGCUACGCGGGGCUCGUGGAUGACAAAGCGCUCUGCGCCGGCGCCUGGGCCGGAGGCACCGACAGCUGCCAGGGUGACAGCGGGGGCCCCCUGGUGUGUUACCACCCUGACACUGACAAGUAUUUCCUCAUUGGCAUCGCCAGCUUUGGGGUGGGCUGUGGCCGCCCCAAGUACCCCGGGAUCUACGUGCGCCUGUCCCAGUACAGAACAUGGAUAAAAACAAAACUGCUGUUGAUUAACAAGACUUGGAACCCCCUGAGCACCACGCUCAGCAUCCUCCUGGCUGUGUUACACACAGUGCUGGCACAGAUUUUGUAGAGGGGCAAAACAUCGUG